AUGGGCCUCGAACUUUCAUCAACUUUUGCCGGCAGCAUGCAACAUCGGCGUCAAACUGUAAUGGAGACCAAAGGAGGUCAUAUCGAUGGUAUUGACUUCGCAACAACCUUUAAACAACACUUCACAGGGGAAGAGUCCCUUUGUGUCCCACCGAUUUAG